AUGGAUCAAGCUGGUCAUCCAUGCUUUUCUUCCCAGGGUCCAGUCCAUUACAUCGCUUGCCUUGUCUUCAUUACACACUUUGGCUGGUGGUUGUUGACUCCCCUCCGACCGGGAAAGGCCAGACGGGCGGUGGGGCGCUGCUACUACUUUUUUGGGGAGAGAUGGGGGGCAAAACUAAAAAGGUGGGCACUGGACACUGGUGGACUCUGCUGGAAGGCCCGUGUAAUGCCCGUUACGGUAUCGCUGGGCCUGUCCCGGUUUAGCUCCGAUCAGCCACUAUGGAGGCCUAGACGAGUCGGAGGCGUCUGGGCCUCUGGAUGAGUCGGUUGGUCGGCUCAGUCCGCGACCUUGAGACUUGAGCAGGAAACCUUCCUGCUUCGAGUGGGAAUAACGUGGAUGGUUAUU